CCGGUCAGUCGGUCACACCUAGCGAUGCAGCAUAAAUAGGUGCACCUGCGUAUGCGCCGAUCUGUUAACAGUUGUCUAACGCUGUCUCAAACUAGCAACUGAGAUACAGACACGGGUAGCCUUGGAGCUAGGCAUGUGAGCACUGAAGCCAGGAAGAUUUCUAAGUUCUAACCACUGUAAUUGUGUGUGAUACCGGACAGAAGUGACGUUACGUUGUUGGCGCACGAAAUGGAACACCAACUCAGUACCUACCCGCCCGGGGUAGUCCAGAAGUCCGCGGCGGCGUCCCCCUGGUGGGCUCUCCGCACGGCGUCCCGAAACAUCCUGGUGACGGUGGGGCUGUUCAUCCUGCUGCAGGACAUGUACCUGCUCGCCCUGACCUCCAGACUCCGGGAGGACGACUGUGAAACGUGGGACGCUUUUCCCAAACAACUGGACUUCCACGAGUCUACUGAUCUCAGACGUAACGUGAAGUCUUUCCCGAGCAAUAGAGCGCCUCAGCAAGAUCCCCAAGUUGCGUCUGCGCCUCGGGUUGAUUCCAAACCCCGUACUAGGAGGAGAAACGUUCUACCGAACAGAGACGCCUAUCAAAGUCUCCUGGGGCAGGUCAACGAUUCGGCCGCACUCACAAAACUCCCCGAUGUACCGUUCAACUAUGGGAGGAUAAAGAAAUUGAGGAAUGACGUAUUCAAAGAGACGCACGUCAAAAAGUACCUGUUCGCGAGUCAGGAGAACACGCCGCUCGGGUCUCCGCUGCUGUUUUUCGAGAACAGAAACACGAGCCAGUACUUCGCUGUUCCACAGUUGCAUAAGAUACUGCCGUCUACGGAUAACAGAAAGUUGCGGUGGCCGAAGAACCCCCUCCGCAGCUGCAGUGUUGUCGGGAACGGCGGAAUCCUGCUGGAUAGCGGCUGUGGGCCCAGCAUAGACUCCUCAUCCAUCGUCCUCAGGAGUAACCUGCCUCCCCUGACGCUGGAGUCUGCGCUAGGCGGAGCAGCGGCGGGUCUCAAGCACGUGGACUACUACAAGGAUGUCGGGAAGAAGACCAGCUUCGUGACCUUUAACCCCUCCGGUUACUUCGAGUAUCUAGGGAAGUUGGAAAAUGACAAGCUUCUCCAAACCUUCAAGGAGUACAUGGACCAGUUCGGAAAUGCGAUAGCCUGGACACACAUGUUCCAUUACCAGUCAAAGGCCAAACCAGCUUUAGAGAUCAUCAGACUGAGCCAGGCCCUGAGGUUCAAGACAACCAUCGUGUCUUCUCACGCCAAGUUCUUACAAGGCGUCAACGAUUUCUGGAAGAGACGAGGACUGACUGGCUUCAGGGCCACGAGCGGCCUUGUCCUGACUGCUGUCUCCUUGGCCCUGUGUAAGGAGACGAAUCUCUACGGGUACUGGCCCUUCCCUGUGGACUAUGAGGGCAGGGAAGUCAACUAUCACUACUACCAGUACGACGCCGAGCACAAGCAGAACAACACCGUCCACAAGCUACCGGAGGAGUUCAAAAUAUCACUAAAACUUCACAGAAGCGGUGUUCUAAAGCUCCACAUAGGAGAGUGUGGGGGAAAUCACUAGGACUGCUACCAUGUAACGUUGCGGUUUGUAUCUUGAAAGGUAUAAAAUCAACUGGUACACACAGAACAACACCUUCCACAGGCUACAGAAGGAGUUCAAAAUAUUCCAAAACUUCACAGAAGCGGUGUUAUAAAACUGCACAAAAAUCACUAGGGAUGUGACUAUGUAACGUUGUAGAACGCUAGUAUAUAACAAGAAUUCUGAAACUUCAUACUUCUAUGAAAUAUGUAGAGUUUAUGUAAACGAUUUUUGGGGGGAUUUGUCUCAUUGAUUAUGGAAAUAAGGUCGUGAUUAACAUAAUCUAGUUUAAUGUAUGGUUUUCUAAACUCAAAUUACAAUAUUUUAUGUGUGUCAUUCGUAUCCUUUCGUAUUCGUGUCCUCAUUAAUUAUGUCACCAAAAAUCAAGACCAUAAUAUGUUCAGAAUAAAAGAUACAAAAACCGGAAGUUCUUCUGCAGUA